AUGGCAGCUAUUUCAGAACACAUUUCAGAUCAUAUUACAGAUCAGGCAUUUGUGACACUCGCCACCAAUGAUGUUUACUGCCAAGGAGCUCUUGUUCUUGGACAUUCCUUGAAAAAUCACAGGAUAACAAGAAAAUUGGUGAUAUUAAUUACACCUCAAGUCUCCAGUCUAUUGCGCUCCUAUCAAAAUACUUUGGCUAAGCUGCAGCCAGUCCAUAAAGAUGAACAGAGUUCUCCUGAGUAUUUCCUGGAACCAAGUAAUGAAUCACCUGUACAGUUUACCAGUGACUCUAUUCCUCUACACACUUUGGAAGUGCAGCCAAUUCAUAAAGAUGAACCUAAUUCUCCAGAGUGUUUCCUGGAACCAAAAAAAGAACCACUUGUACAGUUCGCCAGAGACCCUGUUCCUCUACACAGUUUGGAGCAGCCAAUGCAUAAAGAGGAAUCCAAUUCUCCUGAGUGUUUCCUGGAACCAAACAAUGAACCAUCUGCACAGUUUACCAGUGACCCUGUUUCUCUACACAGUUUGGAGGUUGAUUUGGCCUUUUCCUUAACAGAGCUUUCCAUUAAACAGAAAGUCAAGGAACCUAGUGCAGAAGAGGAAAGGAGAAAAUGGGAAGAAGGACGAGUAGAUUACAUGGGAAAAGACGCUUUUGCCCGUAUUCAGGAAAAAUUGGAUAGAUUUUUACAGUAGUCCUGUCAGUUGUAUCUGUAUUCUAAUGGAAAUGCCAUUGUCAUCUUGCUCAUGCUUCUGUGAAAUGACAAAUAGUCUCUUCUAGCCCUUAGUAAUGGGUAAGGCCUUUUAAACAAUGUGCCUCUAUUUAUUUUCAGCCAACUUCAGUGCCUAAUACAAGUAGUACAGAAAAUUCAAGUCUGACUUGAAAUGCCUAGCUGAUCCAAGAUAAAUAACUUUGUUUUCAUUUUUGAAUCUGUACCUCACUUAAUCUUGCCAGCAAAAUUAUGGACAUAAACAUAGACUUUAUUAAAUGUAUGUGUUAUAACAAGAAGGAUAUCUAAAAUGUAGAUCUAUUCAGGUACAAAAAUAUAGAUGCUUAGUGUAGUUGAAAAUCAUAUAUCAGCCUCACUGUUCUCAUUUCUCUAAAAAUACUAAAAGGUGAAAUUGGUGAUCUGGGAAAGAUGGAAGAUAAAUGGACCCAUUUCUUUAAGGCAAAGUUAAAUUUCAGUAACUUACCUUUUUGAUUUUACUUUCAGUCUUAAGUUUUAAUGGUCCUUUUUGAUGUCUUUGCUAGGAACUCUGAUUUUGGACAUACCAUAUAGAGAAAUGUUCACCUGACUGAUAAAUGAGCCUCUUUCGUCUUAUAUAAAGAAACUGCCAUAAUGUUUCUGAAGAAGUCAUAGUUUAUUUCAGUUUUUCAGGCACUAGUUCAUUGCUGCAAUAUCUGAAAUCUCCUUUGCUUGAAGACAAGUAAAUUUUCAGUUUCUGUUGAAGUG